ACGGGGGGGUCUACAGAGUUUAAGGUUGUGGGUGUUGAAAACAAUGAGCUGUUAAAAUGACGUCUUUGGAGUUUGGACUGUUGAGAGCUCAUAAUGGGCUGCAGACCAUGUGGAGCCAAUGGGGUUUUAAAAAGGGGGCGCUGGCCACAGGGGAAGUUUGGCGGGGGGGGUUCACCCCCUAACUUGCAGGCUCCGUGUUCUCAAUAACGUGCCGUUUUGAAAAUCCUGAAUCCUGCGGACCCAUUUCGGUAGUAUCGUUUGUGCUUUCAGUACUUUUAGAGAAUGAAUCACUCUCUCCGAUGAUACUGGAUUGAUACACACAAAUAUACGUUUUUGUUUUUGUUUUUGUUAGACUACUGUUUUCUGUAUUGAUACAAUCGUCAGCUGUAUCACUUUCUCUAAUGACACAGUAUAGAUCCAUGGUCAUAACAAUAUCACAACGUAUCACGAUACCUUCGUCUACUGCUGUAGACUCGGCAGACCAUCAUCAAAUACAGCUCUUGCUACAUCAGUUGCUCUCAUUAAACUAUAUCACAUUUAUUAUUUCAUAUUUUCUCUGAUGAUUGUGUCAAUACUCCAUCAGCUACAAUAACUUUUUAAAAUGAGAAUUAUUUUAUUCUAAGAAUAAACUGAUUGAAGUAUUUAACAUACACAUGAUAAGACCUCAGUAUGACCCAUCCCAUCUGUCUGUUUUAGAAAUCAAACUGUACCCUGGCUUCUCCACGAACAAAAAAAAAAUAAGGACCAUUUCUGGAAGAUGCAUCCCUGAACAGCCCCUGUUCCUAAUCAUCUGUCCGGUUCACGUUGCUAAAGGGAGUGAAGAGAAGUCAUGUUGGUGUUAUUGUAAGGAAAUAUUAGAUAUUUAAAUGCUAAUUAUGACUUGAGGGUGGGGGCGGGGGGGCUUGCAUGUCAACAAAUCCCAGAAAAUGGCCGAUUGUUGUACAUUCAUCUUUUCCACUAAAGCGCAGUCCAAAAACAAAAAAAAAAAACAUGGCCAAGCUGCCAGCGAGAGUCACGGGGAGCGGGCCAAGACUUCAUUAAGGUUUGUUUUUCCACGCCAGCCGCCGAGUACACCAAACCAAAUACGAGAGACCGAGCUUGCUUCUCCUAAACGCAUCCAGAUGUCUGCUCCCCAUCCCAGAGGGGGCGGGAAAAAAAACCACUCUGAUUGGUCACCUGGAAGCAGCAGCUGAUCAGGCAACGUCGUCAUCCACAAAAACACAUGUGAGAUUUACAGCCCGAGGACGCAGUGAAAGGUGAGCCCCUCGUCGCAUUGGAGGCGCAUGUCAGACCACUCCUCUUAAUGGCCGUUGGCUGGCACCAUGUCCCAUGUGGAAGUCUGCCCCAGCGCAAAGGGGAACCCGCACCCGCCCGAGGUGGCCAACCCGAAGCGACCGGGACGCACCACCAACCAGCUGCAGUUCCUGGAGAAGACGGUGGUCAAAACUCUGUGGCGCCACCAGUUCUCAUGGCCCUUCCGCCAGCCGGUCGAUGCCGUAGCGCUGCGUCUCCCCGAUUAUCACACAAUUAUCAAGAAUCCGAUGGAUAUGGGCACCAUUAAGAGGCGACUCCAGAACAAGUAUUACUGGAAAGCAAUGGAAUGCGUACAAGACUUUAACACCAUGUUCACUAACUGCUAUGUGUACAACAAGCCCGGAGAUGACAUCGUUUUCAUGGCCCAGACGCUGGAGAAGCUUUUUCUGCUUGAAGUCGCUAAAAUGCCCGCAGACGAAUGUGAAGUCCUGCAAGUCGCUGUAAAGGAAGAAGCCAAAGGAAAGAAGAGCAAUGCGGCAGGUUCAUUGAAGCCGAGACCCGCGAUGGGCGAAGCGGGCUUUCAGCAGAUGGUGUCCGUCGUUCCGCCAGAUGUUCCUCGCCCGGUGUCACCUGUCAGGAUUGCACCUCAGGUGGACGAAUGCAUCAAAAAAGCACUAAAGAGAAAAACGGAACCUGUCACGAGCAGCGUCAGCGAGGCGCUGGCGUCAUGCGGCGCGCCGUCUGCGAGGACCGGCAGCGGGCGCCCCAUCAAGGUGCCAAAGAAGGACCUCACUCAUUUGGAGGACGCGCACGGCAAACUGCCCGAGCCCCUGCGGCACUGCGACGCCAUCUUGAAGGAGAUGUUCUCCAAGAGGCACUACGCCUACGCGUGGCCCUUCUACACGCCCGUGGACACCGUGGCCCUGGCGUUGCACGACUACCACGACAUCAUCAAGCAACCCAUGGACCUGGGCACCAUCAAGAAGAAAAUGGAGCAGCGAGAAUACUCGUUGGCUAAGGAGUUUGCCGCUGACGUCAGGCUGAUGUUCUCCAAUUGCUACAAGUACAACCCUCCUGCACACGAGGUCGUCUACAUGGCCCGGAAGCUGCAGGAGGUUUUCGAGGCACGCUACGCUAAGGUUCCGCAGGAGCCGGCGGGAACAUGCCUGCCGGCGCCUCAUCGGCUGGAUAAGCUUAAAGGCGACUGCGCGGGAAGCCUCCCCGCCGCUUCCUCCGCUUCCGGGAAUGAGAGCGAGAGCUCUUCGGACACAGAGAGUUCGUCGCAGGAGGUCGCCACGCAACUGGCUAACUUGGAGGAGAAGUUGAAAGCGGUGAGUGCCCAGCUGAGGAGACUCACUCAGGACCCCUUGAUGAAACCCAAAAAAAAGGACAAGAAGGAGAGGAGGAGGGCCAAGGAAAAGGACGUCACUCGACUCAAGCGCAAAUCGUCCAAAUAUCAAUAUAUCAUGGAGAAAAACGGCAAGACUUCGACUUCUCACGGCAACCGGAGCGUGGAGCCGACGCCGCUGACUUACCACGAAAAGAAGCAACUCCGGCUGGAUUUGGAGGCUCUGCCCGCAGACAAGCUGGCAAACCUCAUCGAGGCUUGCGGCGCCCCGUCGCAGCGCUCGGCCGCCAAGGAGCCGACGGUGGACUUGGAGAAGAUGAAGACGUCGACGCUGAGGCGCCUGCAGAGGUUCGUGCUGGCUUGCCGGUGGAUGAAACGUGGCAAGAAGUCCUACGGGGGGGAAAUGGAGACUAGUGCGGAAGCCGCACAUUGUGGCAAGUCGAAGGAUGCCGGGAGGGGCAAGGUGCUCGCUAAACGGCUGCCGGAUGUGAAGAAGAAAAAGAAAAAGGCAGCAGGCAAACGAGCUGCGUCUCCUGCUUUCAUCUGCCCGUCAGCGCUUAGCAGUAGCAGCAGCAGCUUCUCAUCGCCGUCCUGCAGCAGCAGCAGCUCGCCGUCUCCCGACAGCGGUCACUCGUCUUCCGUGGAAAAGCUCCAGAAGAGCGCUAAAGGCCCAUGUAACAAGCUGACUGCAAAGGCUGCCACUGGCAACCUGACCCACAAGGGGCGCUCUGCUAACACGCAGCCUCCUCCUCCGGCUGCUGCUUCCAAGCAAACAAAAAGCAAAUGCCUUUGGGCGAGCGACGGUGGGAAGACGCUGCCCCCGCCAGACUUGUCCCCCAUGGCGUCCCCUGAAACUAUACUGGUCUGGGCCACAUCUGGAUUUGAGCUAACGCUGGCCUCCAUCCUGUCACCGCUGGGGAAAACCCCGUCGCCUGCCAGAGACGUCAUUCCAACUGCUUCCAGAUGCCCUGAAGAUGUUCCUGACAGUCAAGUGGCACAUGUGUCAUCGUCCUCCAAUUCUCCCAUCAAAUCAAGCCUGCAGGAAAGAAAUCCUAAAAGCGACAUAGUUCUGAAAAACGCCAUGUCAUGGGCCCGACUGGUGAAACAGUCGGCUGCCAUCCCGACCGCCAUCAAGUCGUCCAAAGAGAGCUUCCAGCAGUUCCGGAAGGCUGCCAUGGAGAAGGCACUGAAGCAGCAGAAGAAGUUGGAAGUUCCAGAAAAGAGUAGCUGCGUCCUUUCGGAAGAGACGACGCCGCAAGUCCCCGGCGGCGGCGGCGAGCAGCCGACAUCACCCGUGGACACCUGGCUAGGGAGCGCCCAGUCCCCGAUGAGUCGAGCACGGGAGCUGGCUAGAAAGAAGGAACAGGAGCGUCGUAGGCGGGAGGCGAUAUCAUGCAUCGACAUGACCAUGCAGCAGGACAUCAUGACCACUUUUGAACUCAACCUGGACUAAAAGGCAAAACCAGCGGGACUAACUUUAAAAAAAAAAAAAAGAGUGCCUUGAGUCUCCUCGGGUAAAUACGGAUGCACGCACACACGCCAAAGCUUUGACUUUGGGAACGUUCGCACUGCUACACUUUGGUUCAUUCUGUGCCCAUUUUCACGUCUGGGGAGGGUCCCAGCACGUGCGCUGUUUGUUGUCUUCGUAGCACCUUUACGCUGUUUUGUGUUUAAAAAAAACGCACGGAUGGAAGUUUAAAUGUGCAUUCUGAGUUUGAAUUUCAAUUUCAAACCCAGAUUUUUUUUUUUCCAAUCCAAAAGUUCUGAUUGAAUAGUAAGAAAAAAAAUAAUAAUCAGAAGUGUGAUUACAUUUUAGAAAUUCCAAUUCAAACUCAGGGUGGCGUCAAUAUAGAGCCACGCGUACGUUUGCAUGCACCUUUUGACAUUUUGUUUACAAAGAACACGAUUUGGCGAGCAUGCUUUCCUCAUUCACUGCGUUCUCUUCGUGCUGUUUGACACGCCGUGCACUUUAUUUGCCUCUUCUGUAUGUUGCGCCUGGAAUGCAUUCAAACGAGAAGAGGCUUGUUUGUGUUGUUUGUUUGUUUUUUUUUUUUUUAAUUCCUGAAAAUAAUAAAAACAUAUUUUCACUAAGCAAUCGGCGUGGCCUCGGCAUGGUUUGCGCAGAGACGCAGGAAGUCGCUGAAUGUCUUCAAUCUGGGUGAGUUUGCUAUUUUUAUAUUGUGAAGUGCCAUAACUAAAGGU